CACAUACAAACACACGUCACCGGUCGGGUCCUUGGGCCGGGGGGUCGGCAGACGGUGGCCGCGGGCCGCCGUUGGCGACGGUCGGUGCACGUGUCCCCUCCUUUGGGGGCAUCGAGCCGCUGCCGACGGCGGGGGCACGGCUACUGGCGCAGCCCAUAUCGACCGGGCCAGGUCGGCGACGCGUCGCUGCCGACCUCAGUGGUCACAGGUGGGUGGUGCGAGCGAGCCGCAGCCCCGGGCCAGCCGCCGGCGGCGCCCCGGCCGGCCCGUCACCCGAUCGGGGACCGUUCGGUGAGCGGACACCCCAGUGAUGCCCAACGGCGAUCGCAGAGUGUUGUCAGACGAGAUGUGCCUGUGACAUACACGGUGGCUGGUUGAGUGACGCGUCAUUGUUCUGUGGCCGUGCUAAGGUCAGCACCGCAAGUCUGCUGUCAGGCGUUUCAAGUCAUGCAGUAAGGUGCUUGUGACAUCUAACAUUUCUUAUAAACUCUCCUCUGCUCUCUAGCUCCUUGCAUCGAAAACCUCUUCCAGGCUCGAAGACUGCUCAGUUAUUUCCUUCUUACUGCAUUUCUCGAGUAAGCUCAUAAUCUCAAGCUAAUUUACCGUCUCCUCUCGCCAAAUCUCUCCUUACCUUCCCCGUUACCGUCUGAGUUCCGUCCCUGCCGUCGUGUCGGUGCUCUCGGUGAUUUUCUUCUGCUGUAGCUCUGCCCAGCCGGUCGCUGGGCCCUCUGGAACUCGCCCCUGGAGCACGCACCAGGUCGACGGCCACGACGGCUUGACCCCAUGCAGAACGGAGACCGACAGUCGGAGGCCACAAUGACCCACACCCGUCCUCCGGAGCUGCUGGCUCUGAGGCCAGCCGCGCUCAUCCGUCCCUCCGACGAGACGCCGACGGUGCAGCCCAACUACAACAUGUUCUCGGAGAGCGUGCGCACGGUGACACCCAACGAGCUGCAGUGCUCUAUGUUCUGCGGCGGCAAACGGUGCAAGUAUGAGAGCGGCCGAGAGUGGAGUGAGAGCGAGAUGGCCGUCGACGGCAUCUACUCGCACUGGAUCACGGACGACAUUUUGGCGAUGGCGAGGCCGAACACCAAGACAAUCAGAGAAAAGAGCACAAUCGAGCACUUCCGACGGCUGGGGAUCCGGUCUUUGGUCAACCUUCAGCUACCCGGCGAGCACUCCCACUGUGGCACUAUUGAACAGAGCGGCUUCACAUACGACCCCAAUAUUUUCAUGACCAAUGACGUGUUUUUCUACAAUUUUGGAUGGAAGGACUACGGCGAGCCGUCGCUAGCGGGCAUUUUGGACAUCACCAAAGUGCUGGCAUUUGCACUCACCCAGGGAAAAGUGGCCAUUCAUUGCCAUGCAGGGCUGGGCCGGACGGGCGUCAUCAUCGCCUGCUACCUGGUCUACUGGCUCAGGGUGAAGGCCAACGACGCCAUCCGCUACGUGAGGUUGAAGCGGCCGAACGCCGUGCAGACCAGGGGACAGAUCCUGGCCGUGCAAGAGUUCGAGCAGUUCAUCCUUCCACAGCUGGUCGUCUUCUCAAACAAGGAGCUGGUGAAGGACCGGGACAAGAAGAAGGAGCACCCGGAGUUCACACUGGCCCAGUGUCUGAGUCGCCAGAGGCACGUCCUGCACGGCUAUGAGGCACGAGUGCUGCGACACAUACCCAAGCUGGUAUACGUUCUCUGUGAGCGGCUGGUGCGACUCUGCGAGCCCGUCUCCCGCUCGCGGUCCGGAGGUCUGUUCAGCGCGGCUCCCGACUACCGGGUCGGGUCGCCGAGCUUCACGGCGUUCUUCAUCGCCGCCCGCCUGCAGGGGGAGACGGCCAGCACUCUCAGCUACUCGCAAAUGAGCACGAUGCCCGUCACCAGCCCGUCCGACUCGCCCGUGCCUCACGGUUCGGACAGUUUGAACGGCUCCCGGCUCGGGUCGACUGUGGAUGACACCAGUCUGGACUCGGUGCUCGAUGACGGCAUCCACAACCAGAGUCUGGCGCAGAACGACGUCUACCACGAGAUGAUGUCGCAGGUGGACCUCCGCAAGGCGGCCGAGGACGAACAGAUCCAGAGGGUACCGGUGACCGCCAUUUACGACGCGCUGCUGGUGGACCACGCCCUCCUCGGUCCCGAGUUCAACAAACGCAUCAAGAGCUUCCGAUUGGAGCUCAACAUCCGCCAGUCAGCCUGGGAGAAGCUCGGCACCGAGACGGACCUCAAGGUUCUCACUGGUUUACUAUUUACUUGGCUGGAGCACCUCAAGACACCGAUACUGGACAAGGAAUACCUAACAUACAUAGUGCUGGCGCCUGGAAAAAUUGACUACUGCUUCACCAAGCAGGACAAGGACACCCGGUUCACGGUGGAGUACCUGGUGCGGUUCAUAUCGCGCCUGCAGCCGCUGACGCCCGACCAGCAGAAGAGCCUGCUCUUGCGAGUUGCGGCAGCCCUCACCCAGCAGGGGGUUCCCGUGGAGGGAACUCUGAAGCCUGCAGGUAAGGGCUACUCCAAGAUGCGAGAGGGCACUCUGCGAAAGCUGACCGAGUUCAUGGAGACACUUCUGGAGCUGGUUAGUCUGGAGACGGCCCGGCCGGGCACGCACGUGCCGGCCCGGUCGCUGGACGACGAGCCGUCGGCGCACGGCAAACACUCCAGUCUGGCGCGGGCCACGCUCACACACUCGCACUCGGAGGAGACCGCCGCCAGCCGGCGGAUGCGGCCGCUGCACACACCCCACAGCUCGGCCAGCAGCUCGAGCCACUCGCCCUCGCCCACCGCCGACGAAACUCUUCAGGAGCAGCCACCGCGCGCGUCGUCGUCAGGAAAUGAUCCCUGAGUGUGGCACUGUCAGAGCGCGAGCGCGGGCGCGGGGCGCACGGAGUAGCCCUGAGACGUAGACCACUUGGUCUGUGCCUGAGAGACAAUCGGGUAAAGUGAGAACGGAUUAACAGCGAUAAAACUGUACCGUGCUGGGAUUCGAACUCGACUUUCCGUCCUAAGAGCCGUCCGAUGUGUCGCGCUAGCGGUACGUAUCGCCACAAUCCAAAUGUGAUUUUGGUAUCUAUAUAGGCGUGCCAGAGAUACUACAGAGUGCAUGCAGGAUCGUUAGGCAUCCGUAUAAAUACUGGGCCAGUCACGGUGGUCGCCGGGGGUCUACAGCUCGCUGAUCCGCUUCGACAAAGGGCCGAGCUCAGUUGUGACGGCACUCAACACGGAGCCAGAGUGAACGUGCCUAGUAUACCGCCGGGUCUUCAGUAUGAUAUGCAAAGUGCUUCUUCAUUAUUAACGGAUGAACACUGUUAUCUUUGGUGCAUUAAGUACGCUGUUUUUCAUAUGGAUCUGCCAAUGCUUACGAUUGAUUGGUUUCAUAGGGGUACCUAUUCCCGGAUGUUAUGCUUGGAGACGUUAUCGUUUUUGCGUUUCAAGCGUUUUAGCGACUUACAAGGAAGUCAGUGCUGCUCGAGAACUUUAUUGUCCGAUAUUGUUUGACUGUAAAAUAUCGGCAGACAGUACUUACGGAUUUCAUUUAAGAUUUGCUAUAGAUAAAACGUCACCCUGCGAAAGAUUAGUGAGCUCUUUUCAAUUGCCGCUCUCUUAUUUAAGAUUUCAGGUCAUGCAACGAAAGAUAAAUGGUUCGACAUAAAUCAUUGGUAUUGUUAUGAAAAACUUUAACUUCAGACGCAGUAGGUAUACCUAUCCACAAAAAAACAUUUUCGAAUGCUGAAAUUAUGUUAGAUUAUACCUAUGAAUAUUUUCUAAACUCUGAAAUUACAGCUCAUAAAUAACACAAACCUUAUAAAAUGCCAAAAUAUUUAGCUCAGAUGCAUUGUAUGUAUCAGCCUUUAUUAAUGUCGACAUAAUUCACGCAUUUUUUAUCAAGCUCCUGUAGAGAUUCAGAGUUAUGACCUCCAGUGCUUGAUUGAGAGUUGAAUGAAAUGUUGCGAGAAGCGCCUAUAGUGCAUCGACGAUCGGGCGACGGAAGGGAUUCGCGCAGUAUUUACUCGAGAAUAUAGCUGUGAAACGCUGCUUUUCAGUUCAUAUCAAUGCUACACUCCAGAUGGCAGAUGUUCUUGUGUUGCUGAUGUUAAACCAUUGCAGUUGUUCUACUUUGAUACACUUUUGCUACGUUUGCCUUAAUAAUUCAUGCCAACUCUGCAAAACGGACAAUCGUUCCGUAGACUCAUGUCGUAGUGGCUUUAGUUAUGCAUGAGUAUUGACUAAGCUAUUUCAUGGACUAUGGAGCGUCUUAUGCAAUCGAAUCGAAUUGUGUUAUGAAAUAGUUAUGUCAUGCCGACUUCUAGUCCAUUCUUGCAGGAGGCAAAAGGAGUACCUAGAUCUGACUAUACUGUGCAUACAAAUUUGAGUUAUUAGGGUGUGCAGUAUUGAAAUGAGCGUAAAUUGUAUGUGACAUUGCCUAAAUAGGUACGUCUUCGCUAGAUGGGCUGGAAGCGUUAAAUCAUUCGUGUCUGUUUUUGGAAAAAUGUCGUUGUUUUAAUGAAUGACAGCAGUAAAUCCUGAAAUCACAAUGGUCAGGUAACAACCUCAAGUCCAAAUUGACGCAUCUUUGCGGCAGAACCUUCAAUUUCAUGACUGUUUACGAGCUAUUCAAGCCAUUUUCUCCAAGGGAAAAUAGUUUGGUACGCCCUAGGUACUUACUUAUCCAUAUAUCUAGUUCUAGGUUUUAACUUAAAAUUUACUUCAGUUCCUAUCCUUCUAUCUCCCUAUAGCUAUGCAAUAGGUAUGCUAUAAGUUUAUUAUUAGCGCCAUAUCUCCCAAUGACAGCCGUCAUUGAUAUCAUCCCAAGAUUGCCCAAGAGCUAGAUAUAAGAGAAACUAGCCACCGAGAGACCUUUGUUGAGCUGAGCUAAGUCAUGAGCAAUUAAGCAUUGCAUUGCGGUUGGCGGGCGGUUGACAGCGCAGCUGGUGGGCCGUGCGGCGUUUCGUCUCUGCCUGUAUAGAUCGGACGGACAAUGGCCAGGCCACCUUUUGCCCUUUUCACUUGGGCCUGCUGCGGUAGCCAGUGCCUACCUGUGCUCAGAAGCCCGAGGAUUAGACGGCACAUUGUUCGUUGUUAUGUACGUACCUAAUAAUAAAAAACGUGCGGA